GGGGGACCUCGGGCCGGCUGGGCUGUUUGUGCUAAAGUCACCGAAGGGGGAGUAUAAAAACAACACAAAAUGGCGAUACCCCCAGCCCACGAUUCUACGGACGUAGGAGUUCGGCUAAGCACUGUAGGUUCAGUGUAAACAAUUUAAACUAAAAAUUCUCCAUUUCGCUUAUAAGGUGCAUUAUUUCCACAGCUCAGUCCCAAAUAUUUACACACUAAUUCGACUAGUCACACAUGGCCGUUCAGUGCUAUCGCCGAACUCAUCGGUAAGUUUUGCAUUUCGUGUCGCGACGAUGAGUGAGCUCGAAGGGUUUUCAGUUGUUCUAUUUUUUAUACCGUUUUUUCGUAGAUAAUGCUUACGAUCCUGAUGUGAAUGCAAGGCAGCUGUGGAUAGACGUUAAAAGAUACAACAAGUACAACUACUGUUUUGUGUUUACGGACAACGGGGCUGGUAUGGGUCCUGAGAAACUACAUAAAAUGCUUAGGUACGAAUUAUUUUUUCGGACGAAGCGCCACUUUUACGGCCUACGGCCUAUUGACUUGCUAUAAGGCUGCUGAAUACUCAUAAGUACGUUUUGUUUAUUUUGCAGCUUUGGAUUUUGCGACAAGGUAAGGUUUUGCGGAGCGAUCCAGAUCCACGUUGCAUGAUGCGUUACGAAUUUAUUCAUUUGCCUGAAACUGCGUAUGCAAUUUGACGUAAAUUAGAAUUCUCAGAUGUUUUGUUUUGUUGUGAUUCUAUUUGUUAGGUAGCGAAAAACGGGCAUAUGCCCGUUGGACACUAUGGCAAUGGUUUCAAAUCGGGAUCUAUGCGAUUAGGAAGAGACGCUAUCGUGUUUACGAAAAACGGGGGUACUAAGAGCGUUGGGUUUCUUUCUCAAACUUACUUGGAAGCCAUUAAAGCUGAAACCAUUCUUGUGCCGAUGGUUACCUGGGAUUCUGAUGGAAAUAUCCUUUAAAAAAUGAAGUUUUUCUAUGUAAAAACCGACUGCAGUGGCCGGUCAUAAGAUCUUCUUUACUUCCGCCAUGUUUACGGUUCGCGCCAAACUCGAAUUUGGCGCCGUAAAUUAAAGACAGUCUCAAGCAGACACGUUGUUCGAGUGGCUGAAAAGUGUGGUAAAUUGUAUGAUUUGGUUUCUUUUAUUUACCAAACCUUUUGAAACUUUCCCCUGGAAGUUGCGCGUUUGCGUUGCAAAGUUCUCUUCUCUUCUCUGUGUAGGACUUACUCACAUAGAAAUUGGCAAAAUUCAAAUAGUUUAUGAGAAGUGUCAUCAAGAUGAGAUUUGUUGAAGAGCACAGUUUUUGAUGAUGUUGGAAAACAAUUAGAAUUAAACCAUCUAAUUUAAAAUUGAUUUUAAUUUACCAUUGGAAAUAUAAUUUGGGUCCUUCUUCUGAUACUAGAAAAUAAAACAAUUGAUACUCUUUAUUCUAAAACUGUAAAGAAGAGACUUUGAACCAUCCACUCAGGGAAAAUAAAAUUUAUUCAGCCCUGGCAUUAAGAAUUUUCAACAAUAAUUUGAGAAUAGCAAAAUGAUUACUGUUGAAUAAUUCCUAAGAUGCAGGGAUGACAAUUAUUAAACUAUUUGCAAAGCCUAUGUAAUUGUUUAAGUAUGAUUGUGUGGGCUAUUUUAUUGAAAAUAAGUUCUUUUGUUUUGUAUUCACCUUUAUGGACUAAUGAUGGCAAGAUUUGACAUAACGCUCAGACAAUAAGAAGGCCCACACCUCAAUAAUAUCUUAUAAUCUCCUUGAAAAUUAUUCUUAACUUUCUUCUGACCAUUUGGCAUGGAAAUUCCUGAAGGGCUUGUGUUUGUUGUUAUUGAUACAUUUAUGACUGGAGGGCUUAAUCAGUGGAGAUAAUAAAUCGAUUAUUUUGGCUACAAUAGUUGAGUUCCUUAACAUUUCCUAAAAAUUGUCCAGAAAUUUGACAAAGACAAGGCAUUACAGGAUAUCCUAACACAUUCAAUGUUUAAACACAAAGAGGAACUUUUUGCUGAGUUUGCUGGAAUUCAAAAUCCCAGUGGUACACGUAUUAUUAUCUUCAAUGUUCGAACUACUUCUGAUGGCAAACCAGAAUUUGAUUUUUCAACGGCACUGGAUGACAUUAAAAUACCUGAGGACACAGACUCAGAAAUCAGUAAACUGAAAAGGCAGGAGCGGCAAAAUCACAUUCCAGAGUCAGAUUACUCCUUGAGGGUAAGUUUGUGUGUAUAUUUUCAAUUAAGAGAAGGAAAUUGUCUUACUACUUAAGCUUUGAAUUAACUAUGAGUUGUCAUGUACAAUCUGUAUUUUUCAUUCAUGUGCUGUAUUUUUGUUUUAUUUAUUAUUAAUUACUGUACAAAUUUUAGGAGUUUGAGUAAGAACCAACAACUUCAUGGCCUAAUUUCUCUGAAAUUAAUAACUUCAGAUUCAUGACUGAAGUUCUACCAGCUGCCUGCUUCGCAAUUUUUGGGAUUCACUUAAAAAGUUAGGGAAACCCUUGAAAUUUAGGAAAUUCUGUGGUUUUGUAUUACCCCAACUCAUCUCUCCUCUCUCAUGAAUGUUUCUGGGCCUGUAACAGGCUGUGUAUGAUACACUGUAACUGCAUGUAAUUUUUUUCCUAGGCAUACUGUGCAAUUCUGUACUUGAAACCAAGGAUGCAGAUAAUACUGAGAGGCAAAAAAGUGCGCACUAUGGUAAUAACAAAGAGUCUAAGCAAGACUGAAAUGGAUUACUACCGUCCUUCUUUGAGGGAGGGGAACACACAUGCUGGAGCUGUAUCCUUAAUUGUCAGACUUUCUUUUAAAAUUAAAAUGGUUUGGAUGAGGUAUACCUAUUGACCACAUCAGCAUGGACAAUUAAACCCUUUGACCUCGAAGAGUGAUGAGCAUCUAAUUUCGCCUCACAAUAUCUCCCCAAAAUCACAGGUUAAGGUCCUGAGAAUAAAGGAAAUGAUCACUAACUAGAGACGCUCUUGAUUGUGAAUAUAUGCAUACUGAUGUUAGGUUGUAAAGAGUUAAUCAAUAGGCUGCAGUUUGUUUUAGUUAAGUGGUAUAGUAACCCACUGUGGUUGUGGGAGAACACAAGAAAAGUCAAUAAAUCAAGCUAGGGAGGUGAGUAAUUUGCAAACUUUUCUUAUGUUCUCUCAAUAUCCCAAGUAGAUUUUUACCUUGGUAAAACCACAGAGAGUGUGGUCUAUUGGGUUUAUUAAAUAAACUUCAGUUUUCUAUGGGUGUACUGGUGAAAGAAAUGAUAGGUUUUUGCCCAAUCAGGGUGCUUGUACUAUACAAGUUAUUUUAUGUGCAACUUAACCCUUGAACUCCCAUGAGUGACCGAGACAGAAUUUCACCUUACAAUAUCAAUACAAUAUCAACCAGAUAAGAGAUGAGAAUAAAGAAAAUUAUCAAUUUGAGGAUAAUUAGUUGAUCUAAUACGAAAUUCUCUGAACUAAAAUUGUAAGGAUUGUAUGGUUGACAGUAAGGAGAAGUACAAAUUUGAUCUGGGAAUUAAAGGGUUAAUUGGAGUAUGGGUUCUGUAACAGGAUAGGUGUUACUCAGCCAUCAGUGAAAUUUACUUGGAACAAUACAUUCAGUUAGUGUAUGUAAGCUCUGUUUCCUGGUGGUAGAAUGAAAAUUUCCAACAAUCUUUCCUUAACUUGUUGACAGUUGAAUGGGCAAAAGACUAAAAUCACAUUUGGUUUUAGUCAAAAUAGAAAUCAUUAUGGGAUAAUGAUGUACCAUCGCAACAGACUAAUCAAGCCAUAUGUCCGUGUUGGCUAUCAGUUGAAGGUAAGGUAUUUAUAAUUUAGUUAUUGACCUUCUCAUUCUGAAGAUCCAAUCAUCAGAUCAUCUUAUUGUCUGCCAUAAUUUAUAGUGGUAAUAGGACUGAGUGGAGUCCAAUUUGGUCUGUAAUCAUACAAGAGAUUAACAAAGUUGUAUGACUGCAAAGGAGGAGUCCAAUUUGUGAAUCACAAGUAUGAUUACAGACAAAAUUGGGCAACACCAAGUUCUGUUACCAAUAACUCAAAACUAUGACAAAAUUUGAGAAAGAAACUAGACAUUGGUUAUACGUUUUCAUAGAAAAAAAACAAUAGGUAACUUGGCAAAAUACAAGAAAACAGCAGGUACUCAUGACAGGUUCUGUCCACUUACACAGGCAUGAUGUGUUCACUGUCUCUUUAACUGUACCAUUACACUGUCUAAUUACAAGCAUGACAUGUACACUGUCCUAUUAGUGAUCAAAUUGGCUUGGUGAUCAUCAAUCACAUUUGCAAAUUUUGUGUAAUUUGAAUCACAGUUGUCAAAUUUGCAGUCAUUUGAUUUGUAAAUCACAAGUAUGAUUACAGACAGAAUUGGACAGCAAGAAGUCCUGUUACCAAUUAAUCAUAACCAUUUCAAUUUCCAAAAAAACAAAUACACCUAGAACAAAUAUCUCCAGUGGGGACAAUGUCUUAAGCUAAAAUUCCUCCAUUUUGGAAAUUCCCCUGUUUUUCUUUGGAUAAGUGGUUGUUGCUAUGGUUAUUUUGAUCAUUUCUUUGAUCGGUGGAUUAGCUGAGUGGACCUCCACUGUCCAAUUACAGGUGUCUGAUUACAGCCAACUGUCCAAUUACAUUGUCUGAUUACAAGUGUACAGAAUGAUUAGUGAAUAAUGAACCUGCCAAUGCACCAAUAAUAUUUGAGGAAUUUGUAAUGGUUAUGAUUAUAGGGUAAAUAACUUUGUUUUAAAUCAAGUAAUCUCCCUUAACCUUUUUCCUCCCAACAUGUCCUGAGGAAUUCUCCUUUCUACCUGCCAUACAAUUCAUAUGAUGUUAGUGUGGAUAAUUUGGUAUUACAUCAACUAAUUAUCCAGCCAAUCAAUAUUUUUCUUUACUCCUAUCACUUGUCUGCUUGAUAUUGUAUCAAUAUUGUAAGGAGAGCUUCUGUUUUGGUCACUCAUGGGAGUUAUAGGGUUGAGUUGAAUUUUUUUCUUUCUUCACUUCCCCUUGAUGCUUGAAUAUUAUUAUUUUGAAAUGAGAAAUUCCUUUUUUAUCUCUGUUGAUGUGAAAGAAUAAAGAAGUCAGCUAAAUAAUUAUUCUUAAAACCUUAUGGAUCUAAAUUUGUUUUUCAUAUCACUGGUAUAAGCCAAUGACUAGUGGGGAAUUAAUGGUAAUUUCAAGAAAAACAAUUAUUUACUCAAACAGCAAUUCCAAUCACUAUUUUCAUGUACUGUUUCAUUUCUAGGUGAGUCAGUUUUCCUCACUUUACCUUUAAUUUGUCUUUACUUUCAGGCUAACAACUUAGGAGUGGGAGUUGUGGGUGUAAUUGAAUGUGAUUUUCUACAACCAACUCAUAACAAACAAGAUUUUGACUACACUAAAGCUUACAGGUACUAUUAGAUUGAUAGGAAAGUUAUAAUUCCUAAAUUAAUGUAAUAAUGUUUCCAUCGCUGUUUCUAUAUUAUGAGUAAAAAAUUCGACUUGUGACAAAUGUUUAACAUAAAAUUUGUCAAAGGCAAUUGUAAAACCUUCUUUGUCUAAACAGUUAUUCUGAAAACUUAUGUUAUCCUUAUUUUGUUAUUUACAGAGCCACAAUAGCAGCUUUGGGUUCCAAGCUUAAUGAUUACUGGUAAUUACAAAACUGUAUAUAUGUUCUAUUUGAUGGUUUAACAUCUAACAUUUGCAGAUAUAUUUUGCAAUUUUUAGGAUAUUUUUGCCCUUUUUUCAUAUUCAGUUGAAUUUUGUUUAGAGGAGGGGGGGGUUCUCUUUGUAAAAGUCCAGAUUGUUCUCAGUGAAUCUAAAUAUAAAAUUCCACACCCCUCCUGCAGUGUAGCAUUUGUACUUUAAUUUGAAACCAAAAGUUUCUUUCCUUUCUCCCACUUUCCAUCCAUGUUGAGAUUUUUAUUGAUCCCUAAAAGGGGUUGGUAUGCAGUCUCUUGGCACCCACAGACUAUUGAUCUCAUACAAUCACAGAUUAUGAAGUUCUUCUUACAGUGAAUUUAGAAUCAUAUCAUUUUUAAUCUUUCACUGAAGGAAUGAGAAAAAAGGCCCUCAACGCGCCAACAGCAAGGAACCUAUUCCAGAACCUGUUGAAGUCCAGUAAGACAGCAUCCCUUUUUGAGAAUUUUUUAGUUAGUCAAUUUUUCAUCCUUUGGCAGCUAGCUAUUUUUCCAAGGUGGUUAUAGAGUCUUGAAACUUGGUUACCUACAAAAUGUAGAACUUGUAAUUCUCUCUCCAUGUACUUGAAUUUCACCUGGAUGUUUAUAGGUCUCAAUAUCUUGAACUUUAUUUGAUAGUUCCCAUUGUAUAUGGAUAUUUUUUAGAAACUGAUUCCAUGAAGUUAUCAGUGAAGAAAUUCUCCUAUCAAUUUUAAUACAUUGUCAACUAGAUAUGUGACAAGAAUCAGCCAAACAAUUAGCAGAUGGUGUUUGGUUUGUAUACCAAAUUCCUACAAUCAGCCAACAAAGAGAAUCACGAUGGUUACUAUCUGUUAGAAUUAACUACCAGAUCUUGUAAGAACAUAGGAAGAAAGGAAAGAAAAGGUUUUUUUCAAAAUGUUCUUUUUGUUUUUCAGACAACUCCCUGACCAAAGCUGGGUUCAAUGUGACGACUGCCUGAAAUGGCGCAAGCUGCCUCAUGGCACAGACCUUGAUAAACUUCCUGACAAGUGGUACUGUAAAGACAACCCCAACCCUAAAAUUAGAUCUUGUAAUACCCCAGAGGAGAAGGAAGAUGAAGUUGAACAGGCAUAUGUCAAGACACAAAAGAAACGCUUGUAAGUGAAAUUGCCGAACAUGUAGUUCAUGUAGUUCGUCCUUGUAAGAUGUAAUCAGGAGUAAGUUUUUGAUCACAGUAGUGACAUCAGUUUCUUUUGGAUGUUUUGAAUUAAGUGGUCAAAAAUAGAGAAAACAUAAAGGUUUGCCUUUUUAUAUGUAAACUUUUUCAGCACCUCUUGAUUGAUGUUUAUCUUUCAAUCUUGACUGAAUGUAACUAAGAACAAGAUAAUGUCAGAUGUUUUUCCAUUCUUGAGAAAUUCUCUUAUGUUCUCUGUCCAUAGGGAAAAAGAGAUGGAGGAUAAAAAACGAAAGGAGAAGGUCAGCGCAAAAGAACCUUUUGUAUUUUUUUCAUUUAAUGAAGUAUAAUCUAAAGGUCUGUGAUAGAUAUAGGUGAAAGCUCACCUGGUGACAGGUGCAUGACUGAACAGGCAAGAAAAUGUUAUAUCAGAGAGAAAGACAUGAAAUUUACAGCAAUGUUUUACAUAAUGAAGGCUGAAUACUGAUUAAUGUGAAAUCAAAAACACUUGAUUACUUGUAGGAAGGGACUGAUUUUCAUUUAUAGAGUGAGAAGGGGUGGUGGCAGAGGAGCUGUUCAAAAUCAUGGGUUUUUCAUCAAUUUUUUGUUCAGGGUUACAAAAAAAGGGCAGGGACCAUAUAAUUUAAGCAAGUACAUGUAUUUCAUGAGUAUCAGAAUGAAAAUGUGUCUGAAGUAACUCAUCAAUAUAUAUAUAUAUAUAUAUAUGAGUAGCUAAAAUACUAUCAUUCAACUAAGCAUGAACAAAAAACACAACAUAGAUUUGCUGAAAUUCUACUUACUAAGCAUAUAAACUGUAGGAGGAAAGGGGUUAAGAGACUCGUGAAAAUGCAAACAGGACACACCUUUACCCUGCCCUUACCCUAACUCUGUUGUGACUAGUCCCUAAAGCAAAGUUAUUACAUUAUGUAAAACCUUACCUUUUUGUACAUCUUUCAUUUCAACAGGAAAAAAAAGCUGAAGAGGUGGGUGACUUACCUUACACUGGGAAUUUUAUGAGAAUAUUCCCUUGAUUACUGUGUGAAUGUGAUUCCUCCACGAAGUAUUUCAUCUUACAUCUUUAUUAUUGCAUGGUUUUCUUAUCAAAUGAUUUACCAGAAACCUUAUACCACCUUCAUUAAAGGCACAAUUGAUAAUCCUGGUUAAUGAAUUUGGCACAACUGACAAUUUCCUCCUAGGCAAGAAGAGCAGAAAUACAACAAAAAGCCUUGGAGAAAAAAGAGGCAGAGUUGCAAAGGUUGGUGAAUUUUUUCUGGACAGUGUGCACAUUUACUGAAAACACAUUUUUGGAGAUUACAUGAGCUAAUGCAGAAGUGAGAAAUGACGUUGUGUACAUAUAAAAAGUUUUAAAUUGAAUUUUUUUGAAGAAUGAUGUGAAUGUUAGCCUGAUAGAAGCUUGCAGGUUAACCCACAGAAAAGGAAUCUCCUUUUUGAUUCAUGUUUUUUACCUCUAGAUUAAGACAACAGCUUUCUGAAAUGGAGUCAGCAAAUGAACCGUCAAUCAUGGAGACAAUUGAAAAGAAUAGCGCAAGACAACAGCAAGCCAUUAGACAGGUUAGACAAAGUGAUCUGCAUGUUGAUCUUCUUUAAAUCUUUUGUAGAAGUUCAUUGACAAAGAAUGAAGUGUUUCAAGUUGGUUAAACCAGAGACAAAUUUAUUGAGAACCACAAUCUUAAUUGCAUUAAUGUAGGGUUUCAUGAAGUUUCAAAUUAGGCCAAUGUAACACACACUCCUUUCCCAUGUCAAUCCCUCCAUUUCAUGACGACAGAUACUUAUUAUUUUUUAUUAACUUUAUUGAAUGGGAUUAGUAGGCAUGUCAUCAUGUGAGCUUGGUCCUCAACUUGAUAAAACGAGCCACAUCUAAAUAGCAGUGGUAAACUCUGACAUGCUCAAAUAGCAAGCUAAGUGCUGGUGGACAAAAUCAAUUGUAUUGUUCCAUUUUUUAGCAGGUAAAAGGAGAGCAAAAGUCACCUCAGCCAUUGAGGAUAAAGGUAAGUUAGGUUGUUUCACUCAGAAAUAGUGCUGGAUAAUGUACAUGUAGAUACUGUUUGGCAGAAACUAUUGACUCUCCAUGAAUGUGAUGACAUCCUGUCAGUAUCGGAUUCACAGCCUAAUUAAGCAGAGAAAGACGUAUUUUCAGGCUCGUUAAAAGAUAGCAAUUGCAACUGGUAAAUUAGUGUACUUAAGUAUCGAGCAACUAAAAUAAUUGCAAACGUGACCUAUUAAUUGAAGGUUAUCCACUCGUUUCUUAUCAAAAUGUAUUAAUUUUUCUGUCUCCAAUAGCUGAUUCAAUCACCCUCAAACAAUCUGAAGGUAUGUGUGCGUUUGUCGUGACUACUGUAACAGUCACAUCUACUUUUCGUUGGUGCCUGCAUUCCUUUCAAGUUGGGUGUUAAUUGAUGUUAUUAUAUGACGCGUAAGGCCUCGCGUGUGCAAUUCCAUGGAAAACCAUCGUGAAAGCCGACGUGUGUAGGGCCAGACGGGUUGAUGUGGACCGGGGCGGUAAAAGCCGUCCAGCCCUGCACUGACAUGGCUUUGUUGCAAAAACUGAUAGACAAAAACCAAAUAAGUAAAAAGGGGUCGCAUUUUUCGAUGAAUUGUGACUUUCUUGUUCUGGCUUGGAAAAAAAAACCAAUGGAAAGUAUUAAUUGUAGAAUCUUUUUUGUCCUGUGUGCGCCCCUCCAUUGCUUCCUAUUUUGGUUGAAGCAAAAAUUUCGAAAUUUUCAACACUUAGUAGUCAUUCGGAGGAAUGCUUAAUACCUGAGUUCGUUUGGGUUAGACGUGAAAAUAUUUGGUCGAAGUCAAAACGUACGGACCAAGGGUAGGGAGGUCCUUCCACUCAUUCAACAAGGACAUAUGAUCUUCAUGUAAAGAUCAGUUUUCAUUUGUUCUUCUAGAUUGUGGUCAUUAAUUGGGGAUAAUUUUAUAUUGUGAACUGUCAACUUAAGGAUCUGUUCUAUAUAAUUUACUAUGAAAUUGCCUUGGCUUGAAUCAAUGUAGAUUGGUUCACUGAAAUUAUAAUGAUAACAGUAUUGAAUCAAUCAUGUCCGACUUCAAGAAGAAUUUAAAGCUCUUCGUAGGGUGAGACAAGGUUACUGUUCUUUAAUGCAAGAUGCAAGUCUUAACGUCACUUCAACUUUCUUCUUUUUCUCCCCCUCAGUGGUGGAAAUAAGGGUUACGGAUUCAAAUCAAAGUUGCAGGUGUGACAUAUUUCAAUUCUUUGAUUGUGAAGCAUAAUUCGCUCUCUUCUUAGCAAUCGUCAGGGCAACCUCAGACUACACAGGUUGUUUCUCGUAACAUUCUGGUACCUAAUGGUCACAAGUCACCAUUGAUAUUAAGACGAAACGCAAACCAACAACAGCAACAGACGUCUGUCAAGGUUGUCAAAGUUUUCUCAUCUGUUCCCUCCAACCAAUCACAAACUGUUCCUAAGCCAUUGGUGCAAAUUGUGCCAAAUCCUCAAGGACAACUUCAACAGCAGACCCCAAAAGUUGUAUCUGUACAGUCCUUACAGCAACAAGUCAAUCAAGGGCAGUCAACAGGACAACAGAGGGUUGCUAUUCAAAAUAUGGUGCUCUCAUCAGGGCAUAAAGUUCACCUGACCACACCUAUCUCCCAGCCGAGCACCUCAACUUCAUUCCAGGUGAGGGCAUUGCCUAUUCAACCCUCGCAACCUCCAAAACAGCAACAGAGUACAGGCGUAGUUACUCUGCAGACAACACCAGCAUCGCAUAACCAGCUUCCUCAGAAAAACAGUACUCCCUUGAGAUCGCCUGCCAUGUCAACAAGUUACAAACCUUUAGAGUCAUUACAGGAAGUGAACCGACAAGCAACACAAGCUUCAGUGGUAUCACCAGUGUCUGCAGUUAUUCCAGAGGUCAGUCCCCCGACAAAACAGUCACCUACUGAACUCAGAAAUCACGUGACGAUGCAAGACAGAUAUCGAUACAUUGCGCCCUCACCACAGACUCAGGUAGCAUCUGUACCAGUGUCAUCUGCUGCUGCUGGCGUGGUGGCUCAGUCUGUUCAGCCACCAGUAGUUAAGCCCUCAGUCAAAGUUGGUGCUCAAUCUGUUGCGUCUACUGCCAAUCAAGUAUUGCAGGUACUGGAUUAGCCUCUGCUUUUGAUGUUGAUGUUCUUAUUAUUUUACCGUAAUGUAAUUUAUAACAUUACUCGAAUGUUAUUGCUAUUACUAUUAUCAUAAUUAUUAGUAAUAUCAUUACAACUAUUAUUAUUAUUUCCCCUUUCUCUGUAUCUGUAGGUCCAAAUUAAACAGGAACCAAAACCAGCGGUCCCUGUAAGCACCAUGUCAUCAGGGCCCAGUAUUCAGAUAUCUCAGGUGUAUUCUGGAGCCCCAGCAGUAGGUGCAUCUACAGGUCUUACUGUGAAAGUAAAAACCGAGAAAGCCGACAGGUAGGACUGGACAUUUCCCAUCUUCUAUAUUUGUACUGUGGGAAUCAGUUGACAACAUCAUAAAGCCGAUCAAAUUGAUUCAAGCUCCUACGCGUUUCACUUGACAAUUGAACAAUUGUAGACUUGAUUGGGGACUGAAAUAAAUAAAUAUUUGUUUUUGCCUCUCAACGUUUGGUUUUCCUCAUGUUUGAGUCUGAACAGUAAUUGAUUGAGCCGUGAAAUGUUUUUAGUCCUUUAGUGAAUGGGAACAAGAGAGCGCAUGACAGCGACGAUGACGUCAUCGAACAACCAGUGCCGCAGAAACCACGCGUGGAGAAGGAAAUUAUUUUCAUCGACUCUCCGCCCUCGGCCCCUCCCCCAGAGGAAAAGCCUGUGGAGGGACUAUCCGACAGUAACGGAGCGGCUGUAGAAGGCGUCGAUGAUGACUUGAUCGUUAAGUUCAGUAAACUGAACAAAGAAGAACAGUGGAUCAAACUGGCGCAAUCCGCGCAACAGCUCAGAAGCCUUCGCGAUAAUGUGUGCAAACUGUUGAGGGUUCUUGUACCAGAAAUAGAUCUGGGAGACAAAUCGGAAAUUCUGGACGAUACUACUAUAGAUAAUCUUUUAAAGCAAGUUCUUGAGGCAAAUGUGAGCCCAGAUGCUGCACAGGGCACAUGAGGCCUACCCCGAAUGCUACUUAGCUUAGGAACAAAUUUUUUAUUUCCACUUUUUUUACUGACUCAAGAUAAAUCCACCGAUACUUUUAACGGUAAGCCGGCGUUUUUUAUUUGAAAAUACCAUUGUCAACAGUGUUGCAAAGCAACCAAGUAUGUCAUGUAUCAUUCUCAAUUCAAUUCUGUCUCCGAAAAUGUGGUCGCUUAAUUUAAAUGGACGAGAGGACCGUGCGAGCAACAGAAAAAUUGACAGUAACUGAAGUUUUGGUAUGUGAUGAUUGACGUCGUCGUCACGCGUUCGCAAUCAGACUUACUAGUGAGGUUUCUUUUAAUAAAUUCGUUCAAACACGUUCAAGGUGUUUGUAUUUGUACAGCUUCGUUAAGUCGGGUUGUAAACUUAUCAUAUUGCAAGCGCGAUGCCCGCGUAGCUCCGGAAAAGCUCGUCUCUGAUCUGGACUCGAAAUCCGAAUGUAGGGUGCUACAGUUUUGAAAGAAUUGAGAGGCGAUGUGGUCACUAGGGAAUUAGGAAAAGUAUAUCGUGACUAAUCGGUGGAGGAGUUUAACAAGAUAAUUUUGAUUUUAUCAACUGAGUUGAUAAUGUUAAUUGGCCAUCGUUAAGAGUUUCAUAGCAGACGUUUCUGGCGUUAGUCCUAAAACAGACCGAAUGAUGAAGGGCUAACGCUCGAAACGUCAGGUUUAAAACUUAACGAUGGCCAAUUUACACAUCAACUCAGUUGAUUAUACCAAAAUUAUCUUAUUGUAUCGUGACUAGUCGACUGAAUAAUGCGAGACUACGUCUGGCGAUGACGCCUCUCAAAUCUCUUUGCGAAGCUUGAUACUCCGCUGUGAAGGGUUGGUUCUCAACAGCGAGGAACGGAACUGACCAAUCACCGCUGUUGAAACGUCACCUAACACAGCGGAGCAUCAUGCUUCACAAGAUGGCACCAACCUUGAAAUCUUUGAAAAAAUCUUGGGAAAUGCAUCCAAAAAGCGACGAGAUAAUUUUAUGGGGGAG